AUGUACUCCAAAGUUGUGAUUGCCGUGGCCCUGUGUGUCCUGGGCACCGUUUCCGCGGGUGUUGUGCCAGUGGCGGCCCCGCUAGCCGCGGCUGGAGUCAUCGCUCCAUACGCCACGUCCUACAAUGCGCACACGGUGAACCACAACAUUGCUGCUCCGUACGUUGCGGCCGCUGCUGCUCCGGUAGCCGUCGCCAAGUACGUCGCUGCUCCGGCAGCCUACAGUGCAGCGCCAGUGCUGCCAGCGGCCUACACCUACGGUGGAGCCGCCGUACUGCCAGCGGCUUACACUGCCGCUUAUGGUGCUGCCACCUAUCCGUAUCUACUAUAG